AUGACCAAAAAGAUUCUAAUUAUAGUAGGUGACUAUGUUGAAUUCGCAGAAGUGACAGCUGCAUAUAAAGCCCUAAAAUCUAUUGGCUAUGAAGUAGAUAAAGUAUGCCCUGGUAAAAAACCUGGAGACACCUUCGUCACUGCAAUACAUGAAUUCAAAGAAGGAUUCUAAACAUAUUCAGAGAAAAAAGGAAACACCUUCCCGAUUACUGCUGAUAUAGAGACAAUAAAUGUCACUGAUUAUGAGGGCUUAUGGUUGCCUGGUGGUAGAUCUCCAGAGUAUCUAAGAACUAAGCCAAGAGUUAUAGACAUCGUGAGAUAGUUCAUGGAUAGAAAUAAGCCAAUCGUUGCUCUGUGUCAUGGAGUGCAGCUUUUAAUGGCAGUGGGUCCCGAAUUGAUUAAAGGAAGAAGAUUGGCUUGCAUAGAUAUGCUGGAAGCGGAUGUAAGGAACUCUGGAUUUGAUCUAUAAAAAGUUAAAAAUAAGACUGACGUAUUUGUGGAUGGAAACAUUGUCAGCGGUGGCCCACCUGCUUGUAUUCCUGAGGCUCUCUCAAGAUUCUACGAUCUACUUGGAGUAAAGAUUAGUCUUCCAUAAUGA